AUGGUAGACACCGCAUCACCCAUUCGGGCAAAUGAUGCACAUUUGUCUACCAACAUUUUCAAUUACAUGAGGGGGCUCGAAGGCGCUGCUCCUUACAGAUCAAGAGAGGGACUUAGCACGAGACCCGUGGCGAGCUCCGAUGAAAUACAAUUGCGGAUUGACCCGAUCCAUUGGGAUUUGGACGAUGAGAUCACUGGCCUUCGUAGCCAAGUUAGGCAAUUAAGAAACGUGGCUCAAGAGAUAGAAUCAGAAGCAAAAUAUGAGAAGGAUUUCUUAGAGACUCUGCAAAUGACUGUGAUGAAAGCUCAAGUUGGUGUGAAGAACAACCUUAGGAAAUUAAACAAGAGUAUCAUCAAGAAUGGUGGAAACCAUAUUGUUCAUGUGGUUGUUUUUGCACUGUUUGGUUUCUUGGUGGUUUAUCUGUGGUCCAAAAUGUCUAGAAGAUGAGGUCUAUUGAGCACCAAAGUAUCUUUUAAAGCAAUGCCCAUCCUUUGGAUGUAUCAAGAGUUAAAAUACAGGAACCCUGAGGGGUGUAGCUUAACUGGUUAGGAUCUAGGUUUGCUUUCUAAAAAUUACCUGUUCGAAUCCCACAAACCUCAGGGGUAUUGGAGGUUUACAUGAUCGUUAACUUUAAGACCCGUGGAAUUAGUCGAUGUACGCGCAAACUGGUCCGGACACCCACAUUAAUUAAAAAAAAAAGAGUUAAAAUGCAGGUUCAAUCGUAAAUCUUCCCCGCAGCUUCUUCAAUUUUAAUGCGACAUUUGAAAAAUUCCUUAUAAUUGUAGUUGAAUGCUAUAUAAAGAGAAUAUCACGGCAUGUUUUCCUCUUGUUUCUCAUGUACAAGAACAAAGCAUUAUUUCGUCAAAUUUUGCUGUUACCAUUCAACUGUGCCCUAUAUUAUAAGAUUGUAAAAUGCCAAGUGAACAAAUACACUAGCACUUGCAGGCAAUUGAGUUUGGCUGUGGCUUGUUAGUGGGACUCCUAGUGGCAAUUUGCAUCUUGCUUAUCCUAACUUGGUCGAGAACAAUUCUUGCCCACUCUGCAAAAUGGGUUUCAUUGUGACCAACUUUCCCAUUUUUGUAAAAAUUAAAGCAAUCUAGAUCUUGUUGAGGAAAUGGACAUUCCUUUUUGUCCAGUGGAUCCCACCAUGCACCUCGGUGAUUCAUGCCAGAUUGGUCUGCCAUCCAGUGAUGUGCGUACUGACCCACUCCGGCAAGCUCUAACCAUCCUUUAGGGAAGAACUCCAUCACACUACUGUUUCUGUCCAUGAAAAGCAUGUUUGUCAAUUGAGCACCAUGUGGGGAUGCGACAACAUCGGUGUAAGUCAUUACUCUGACCUGAAUGAUGAAAACAAUUGUUAAGAGAAUGAGCUAGAUUGCAGCAAGACAUUUCGAACCAUCGAGCUUUUUAUUAAUUCCGGUUGGCUUAUUGCUACUGUCAUUGCAUGUUGUUUAGUAAGCAUGUACAAGAGAGAAUUUUAGCAAAGUAAACUUAAUGAGCAGUAAGUUGCAAAAUGUUCUAUAUGUUCUUCAUUCGACCAAUCGGAUGAGUAUGUAGAAGUUCGAUUAUGUUGGCAUUCGCUUGAAUUAGUUCUGCUCCCAACCUAACCAGUUACUGCCCGCAGCUGUCCCUGACUAAGCCAGAGAUUUUAACGUCAUGAUCACUAGCAUUUGUUCAUAAGAAAUUGAACGCUGGAUAAUUUGAUUUCUCAGUAACAAUGAAGGGGCUAUGUCAGUAAAAUAUAAGAUGAGUGUCAGAGAGUAACAUAAGAUGAGUAUCGUUUUUUCUUUUCUGAGAGAAAAAUGGGUAUAUUAUGUUUUGCAUGAAUUCUCUUUGAAAAUAUCGUCUUUUUUUCACUGUAAAAAGAGUAGGAAAAGAAACAAACCUGGUCGCAGAAGCUUAGAUUUUCUGACUGAGCUACCUUGAAUGUGCAGCCUUCCACCUUUGCACACUCCCGUGCAAAUAUGUCUGUCACAGCGCUUGCAUUCUUGAAUGACCUUGAACCUGUCCUCAUGAGCAGCGUCAGCCUUAUAAUCGGUUCACCUCUUUCAUUGGUCUCUUGUCCCUUCCCUUCAGGGCUUAUACCGCAAAAUCUUCUAGCAUUACAUCGCAACAAAUCGAAAACCUGAAGCUUCCUUUCCUUUCCCAUACUUCCCUCGUUAUGUCUCAUCACAACUGCCUUCUCAAAGCAGUACGGCCCAUCUCCUCCAAAUCCCUCAAUUUUAACAUCUCCAAAGUUAGCUUGCAUUAGGUGUUGUAGCCAUGACCCCAUUUUAGACCUCAACUCUCCCCAAUGGAACAGUACCCAUCUUGUAGGAUUCAGGCACUUAUUUUUCAUAGACCAACCAACAAAGGGCGCCAUACCAGUCAAUCCAUGCCACAAAUUGCCAUAAUCAUAGAAUGUGUCUGACACAAAGGUCAAGCCCUUCAUGAGUGUGGCAGAGUCUGGAAGAGCUUCUGGCCAAACCAAGGCGUAUGAGUUCUUGGUGCCAUCUGUCGCGUGACGUCCUUUGAUGCAUAGAAGCCGCCCCUUGGACAUUUGUGAAGGGAAAUAGAGGUAUUCAGCUUCGUUCGCCUCAUGGGUGUCGUUCAAGGAGCUCAUAAACCAAGUGUUCCCCUCCAUGGCAGUUUCAGCGAACCUCAGAUCUUUCAGGGGUAGGAAAGUGACUGACUCUCGGAGCUUUGAGAUCAAACCGUCACUGUUUUUGGGGAUAGAAGGACCAGCGGAGGCGUCAAGUGCUAUUCCUUUCCAUUUGUUGAAGAAAGCUCGUGAAGUAGCAGUGGGAGAGGAAAAGAAAUAGAAAGGGGAAGCUUGCAAAUGCACGAGUAUGGGAAUCAGCAGCAGUAGAAAAACACAUGUGAUGAUCUUGUUUGAGUGACAUGAACUCUUCUUUUUGGUAAAUGUUUUGGUGGUCUUUUCCACAUCCAUACCUAACUUAGUUUUGAAAUGGAAGUGGUGGAAACCUGUAGCCUCUUUUAUGGCUUUUUGUGAGGA